UCCUUCUUAGCAUAAAUUAAGAAGUGGACAGCAUGAGCCGUUGAGGAGCUUCACCGUGCAGCACUCGCAUACCAUGAUGGAUUCCAGGAGGAAGAAGUGCGGGAGCCCCAUGUGGAGGCUGCGCUGCCUGCUCGCGGCGGCGCUGACGGCGGCCGCGGUGAUGGGGUCGGCGCGGUCGGACCUGGACCAGGACCGGGCGGAGUGCGCGGACCAGCUGGCUGGGCUGGCGAGCUGCCUGCCCUACGUGGGCGGGGACGCGAAGAGCCCCACCAUCGACUGCUGCACGGGGCUGAAGGCGGUGCUGGACAAGAGCAAGAAGUGCCUGUGCAUCCUCAUCAAGGACCGCGACGACCCGAACCUCGGCCUCAAGAUCAACGCCACCCUCGCCCUCGGCCUCCCGACCGCCUGCCACACCCCCGCCAACAUCACCCAGUGCGUCGAUCUCCUGCAUUUGCCGGCCAACUCGACCGAUGCCAAACUGUUCGAGGGAGCCACGAGCAGCCGCACCGUCAGCAACAGCACAACCAAACCAGCUGCUAGUGCAAAUUCCACGAGCAGCAGCGGUGGAUCGGCUGCUGAAGUGAAGAACCACGGCGGGGAUCGGACGACGAAGAGGUGGUGGCUACUAGAGAUCGUGUGUGGAGUCCUGAUAGUGUCGUUAACGCCAAACCAAAUGUGGGGUGCUUGAUUCGAUUUGCAAUCGCUCUUUCUUUUCUUUCUUUCUUUUUUUGUGUUCGAUACGGACGAUGUUGUUGUCUUGAUUAGGUGGUAGACUCGACCCUUUCCAUUUUCGCCGGCUUCCGACGUCGAUCAUGCGAGGGUUUUGGUCGCUUUCAUUUGGUUUUUUGGAUUGAAUAAAAGGAGGACGAUGCACAUAUUUGAAUGA